AUGGCCAAAGCGACCAAGAAGCGCAAGACUGCUCAAGAGUCUCAGCCCGAGCAGCAGCCGACCGACGAUGCAGUCAUGGAGGAUGCUACGGAAGCUCAUCCAGUAAAAGAGUCUGAGGAAGAGAAUGGUCAACACUCUGAAGCAUCAGACCGUGAACGUGAAGAUAUGUUGCUGAUGAUUGCUCCAGACGACAUUCCAUUUGAAGAAGAGUGCUUGAGGAAUCCCCUGAAUAUUAAGGCAUGGUUAAGGUAUCUCGAGUUCAAGGGUGACAGCAGUGUCAAAAACAAAAUAUUCAUAUACGAAAGGGCGGUGAAUGAAGCUCCAGGCUCGUACAAGCUAUGGAAAUUAUACCUGGAUUUACGACUAUCGCUUGUAUUGGAAGCUCCCAUAAAACCAUCAUCCUUAAACCUCACAACGCCAAAAAUACCGUACACAGAUCCCGAAUGGGCAUCUAUAAACAGCUGCUUUGAACGAUGUCUGGUACUAUGUCACAAGUACCCUGUAAUAUGGAUUUUACACUGCUAUGUAUUGAUGCACCAACCACGACCAACACACACUCGCCACGUAUUCGAUCGUGCACUACGAGCACUCCCGAUAACCCAGCACGAUCGCAUAUGGCCGCUAUAUCUCAAACACGCUUCCAUAGUACAGGGCGAAGCUGCAAUCCGUAUAUGGAGACGGUACUUAAAACUAGAGCCUGGUGAAGCUGAAGAUUACAUUGAUGUACUACUGGAUGUUGUCCAACCACCUCGAUAUGCUGAAGCUGCUCGAGUGCUGGCUUCGCUAGUAGAAGACCCUAAAUACAAAUCAAAGAAUGGGAGAUCGCAAUACCAAUUCUGGGUUCAACUCUGUGAAUUGGUGUGUGAUCACGCUGAAGCCAUGGAAGUUGCUACUGCCGAUAAUCCAUUGCCGAAACGAUUGGGCGCAUUUAUAUCUGGAACCGUGACAAAGCUCGAUAUAGACAAGAUUCUACGUAGUGGCAUCUCGAGAUUUACGGAUCAAGUCGGUAAACUUUGGAAUGCGCUAGCUCGAUGGUGGAUAUUAAAGGGUGAAAUCGAAAAGGCUAGAGAUGUCUAUGAAGAAGCCCUGUCUAAAAUCAUGACUGUCGCGGACUUUUCCAUGAUUUAUCAAGCUUAUGCCGAAUUCGAAGAAUACCUAGUAUCAAACGACAUAGAAGAAGCCGAUGAUUUGGAAGCUGAAAUACGACUAGCUCGCCUCGAACGGCUCGUUAGACGUCGGCCCUUCCUUGUAAACGAUGUGCUCCUACGUCAAAAUCCACAUAACGUCAACGAGUGGAAGAAUCGAGUAAAACUAUGCAUUGAUUUAAAUAAUGACAACAAGGUAGUAGAAACAUAUACGAAUGCAUUCGAUGCCAUCAGCCCAAAAAAAGCCAGUGGUAAACUAUCACAGCUAUGGAUUGAUUUUGCUCUAUGGUAUGCUCGUCACACCACCGUCGACGGCGAUGGAGACGAAGCACUAGUAGAAGAUGCUGAUGCUGCUAGAGCGAUAUUUACUAAAUCGACCAAAGUCCCAUAUAAACGAGUAGAAGAGCUAGCUGAUGUAUGGGUAGCAUGGUCUGAUUGGGAGUUAGAAACAGGUCAUCCAGAAGCUGCUCUGGAAGUCCUUGGUCGAGCCACAUCGCCACCAGCCAAAACAUCAGCUUCGCACCAAGCUAGUAUACGAUAUAGUGAUGAUAAUCUGCCGCCACAACAGCGACUCUUUAAGAGUCUGAAACUGUGGGAGCACUUUGUAGAUUUGGAAGAAGCUCUAGGUACGCAGGAAUCGACUAGAGCAGUAUAUGACCGCAUGAUCGAGCUCAAGAUUGCUACGCCACAGACCAUAAUCAACUAUGCCGUCUUUCUCGAAGAACACAACUUUUUCGAGGAAUCAUAUCGUGUGUAUGAACGAGGUAUAGCCCUCUUUAAUUAUCCUAUAGCCUUCGAAAUCUGGAAUUUAUACUUGGACAAGUUUAUAAAACGAUAUGCUGGUACAAAGCUAGAACGAGCUCGAGACUUGUUUGAACAAGCAGUCGCCCACGUACCAGCAAACCUCGCCAAGGCACUCUAUAUAGCAUACGCCAAGCUAGAAGAAGAUUAUGGACUAGCACGCCAUGCCAUGCGGAUCUACAGCCGAGCCACAUCCGCCGUAUCCGAUACAGAUCGUAAAUCCAUGUUUGAACUAUAUAUAGCCAAAGCCACGAGCUACUUUGGAUUGACUUCGACUCGAGAAAUCUAUGAAAAAGCCAUUGAAGUGCUUCCCGAUAAAGAAGCCCGAGAUAUGGCGUUACGAUUCUGUGAUUUAGAAGUUAAGCUGGGUGAGAUUGAUCGAGGUAGAGCUGUAUUGGCUUUUGCUAGUCAAUUCUGUGAUCCAAGAAUGGAUGCUGAGUUCUGGAAGCGCUGGCAUGACUUUGAAGUCAAGCAUGGGAAUGAGGAUACGUUUAAGGAAAUGCUCAGGAUUAAGAGAUCCGUACAGGCUAAAUACAAUACAGAUAUAUCCUUCAUCUCUGCGCAACUCUUGGCAGCAAAAAAGGCAGCCAAUCCAGACGAUGAGACUGUAGCAGCCAUCAAAAAUGGCAAUGUAUCGGCCAUGCAAGAAUUAGAAGAAGAAGCAGAAGCCAUAGCUGCUGAAUCAGCCAAACCAGGAGGAUCGAAUCUGCGAGUUCUUGGAUUUGUGUCUGCCAAAAAGACGUCUGGUCUGGCCGGUAGUAAUACGACCAAUAAUAAUAAUGGAGCUGUUGUAAAUGAAGAGGAGAUUGCUAUUGAGGACGAUGACGAUGAUGAGGAAGGAGGAGGAGAUGGGGAUGAAGGUGGAGAAAACGAGGAGAUUGAAGGGAUUACGAAGGCUCAUGUGCCUGAAGCCCUGUUUGGGAAUUUGUUGGCUGCUUCUGCCUCUAAUGAAAAAGAGGAGGAAGUCGUGGGAGCCAUGGAACGGUUGAAACGUAAACGAUGA